AGCUGCUAUUGGCUGCGAGCCUUUGCAGCUGCUUGUCAACAAGAUGGCCUUCCUCUUCUCGCCGUUUUGACACAGAUGAUUUUGGUAUCCCUGAGCACACGCUGUCAAAGCUGGUGCCCCUUCUGAAGAGAUAGCGGCAGCGCGGUUGGACCGAGUCCUCGCUGGGUGUUCGUUCAAUCAGCGGGAGCGUGUUGGGGGAACUGACAAGCUCACCAUCUGCGUUCGCGACCAGAACCAGGUGGAUAACAGAAGUAGCUGUAGGCCAGAGCUAAGUGAGCUAUCUGAGCUACGUGGACUCGGAACACCUGCGCUUCCCCAGGUUCGGUUUCAGCCCAGAGACACCUGGCACCGACCAGCGGAGUUGUCGAAAGAGAAUAACGUCACUAAGGUUUUAUGUUUUGUAUCACCGCCAGUCGGUUGGGUGCUGGAACAGCCAGCCAACAAUGAGCGCUCUUGGGAUUUAUUGGCCAGCGUAGAUGCAGACAUGCCACGGUGGUCCUCAUCCUGAUGGACCGUGACGCAUUCUCCCACAUCCGGCUGUGGUGCCCACGCCCUUUUGGCACCUACUCUCAGAACAAAGGUCGGAGUCCAGGGUCAAGUGGCAGCAGUGGAGGAACCAGUGGAGCAGGGUCCACCUCGGUCUACAAAUCUGAGCUUGGUCAAGGUGCCAGAAGAGUGGCAGGAGAAAGUGGAGAUGUAGGAAUGAUAGUUGGUGUGCAGGAGGGAAGUGGAGGAGAGGAGGAUGUGGGCUCAGAGAACACUCCACCUGAACCUGAGCUUGAAACCAGCUCCAUGACACAGAGCCAGACCCCUCAGCCUCCCACAACCUCUCCUUCACCACCAAAUUCUGGGCCCCAGAUGCAAGAUGGGCGGGUACUGUUAGACACCUGGUAUGUUAUAAAGCCAGGUAACACCAAGGAGAAAAUCGCCUUCUUUGUUGCACACCAGUUCAGUGGAGCAGGCCAGCCCAGACCAAGUGCCAUGAAGGUUAAAGGCAACUGGGCAACAGACUGCAGUAAAGCCAAAAGACGAAGACGAUGCUCCUCCUAUGACCCCCCAACACGCCCCCAUGCUCUCACCCAUGACGGCUCAAUUGCACUGCCUAGCCCUGAUGAGCCACAGCCAGGAGGUGUCAGUGAAACCGAUUUGCUUUCAGUGGCAGAAAUGGUUGCCUUGGUUGAACAGAGGACCGCCAUGGCCCUUCAGGGGAUUGUGGCUGUUCAUGGGAACCAGCAGCAACAGCACAACAUCCACCAACCCAGUGCUAUCACUCAUAGCCAGGGCCUUACCUCCAGCCAGCGCAUUCUGCUCCGAGGCACAGCGUCAGACCCCUCUCCUAUGGUGUUUGUGUCGAACAGUUCAAAUGGACAGCCCUCUAAAGCAGCAGAGAAGCCAUCGUCUCUGAUCCAAACAGACCAGGAGUUCGAGGAGCAGCAGGAGUCCUUGAGGGUAGCGCAGGCUAUUGCGCACUUUGAGUCCCAAAACCUGGAGAAUCGGCUCCAUCUAGGUCCUGGUUCUGGACUACAUGCUUCUAAUCAGGACAGAGAGAGGGAAAGUAGGAGAGGAGACACUGUAACACCACCUCCAUCAUCCAGUCACAGUCACGGUGAGGUUAGGAUUGCUUUCAGAGUGUCAAACCUGGACCCACGUGCUCAGCUGGAACCAGCUGGCCGGUCUCGCUGUAUGUUUAUGAGUUGUGGUGGUGGGAGUAAUCAGGCAGCAGCCCGGGCCAAAGAGAAAAUCACCUGUGAUCUGUACCAGCUCAUCAGUCCUUCAUCAAGAGAUCCUAGUAGUUUGCUGCUUGCUGCGACAACAUCUGCCCCCAAACCAGAUGGAGACCUUGUUCACCAAGACAGGGCGACUUGCGGCAGCCCGGACCCAACCCAAGAGCUGUCUUCAGGGGAGAAAAAGGGUGUGGGUAGGGAACGAGUGACCGGUUUUCAUGUGGAGGUGGUAGUGACCGGUGCUGUGGACCAGUGUGUGUUUUAUGGAAAGGACAGCACAGAGAAUGUGCAGGAGGAGACUGUAUGUUUUGCAAUGCCUGGGGGUGGAGGAGGUGGAGGUAUUGGGAGCUCAACUGACGCCUCAUCAGAUGAUCCACCUCCCGGACAGCUCUUUUUCCUUCAGUCCCCUAGGGGGCCAGAGGAGGAUGGAAAAGCAAAGACCCCUGGCAGUGGUUCAGGAAUGUGCUCUUUGGACUGUGCCAACAAUAACAGUCCGGGGUCAGGGGUGACGGUGGGCCCAGGAGAGCGGGCAACACGACCAGACUCUCCUAGUGUUGGGGAGGACUGCUCAGACCCUUCGCUCUGUCGUCUCUACCGCCACGUGUCCCAUGACUUCCUGGAGAUCCGCUUCCAGAUUCAGCGACUCCUCGAGCCCCGACAGUACAUGCUAUUGCUUCCUGACCACAUCAUGGUCAACAUCUUCAGCUACCUGCCAACGCGCUCCCUGGCAGCCCUUAAGUGCACGUGUCACUACUUCAAGGCGUUGAUUGAAACGUAUGGGGUGCGUGCUGUGGAUUCACGCUGGAACCAAGACCCUCUCUACAGGGACGACCCCUGCAAACAAUGUAAGCGCCAGUAUGAGCGCGGGGAUGUGUCUUUGUGCCGUUGGCACCCCAAACCUUACCACCACGACCUGCCUUAUGGACGCUCCUACUGGAUGUGCUGCCGGCGUACAGACAAAGACACCCCAGGCUGUCGUGUUGGACUCCACGACAAUAACUGGGUCCAGCAUCCUGCUGAUGGCUGUCAGUCCAUCCGCACGAAGAGGGAGGAGGCUAGGUAGAGAGGACAAGUCCACCACAUAGAUGCAACUCAUCUCAUAAAGCAGACUUCCUCCCUCCCUCCCUCCCUCCCUCUCUCGUCCCUUGAACAGGGGACGAGAGAGAAGUUGAAGGUGGAGUCGGCUCUCCAGGACUUGUUUCCUUCUACUCUUCUUUCUCAUACUAACCCUCAGCGAAGGGGUGCUGAGAUGCUAAGAAGGAAGAGACGUUUCGCACUCCUUGCCUUUUUUCUUUCCAGGUCCUCUGGAAUCUGUCCCAUUCUGUGUGGCUACAGUUAGUUGGGUUGGGGUCCUCUCCUGCAGCUUUCUGUGCACGUACGCACGUGGAUAUUACAGAAGGUUCAUGUGGACACGUUGCAGUGUUUGGAUUGAGAUUAGCAUUCAUAAAGUGACGUAUAGAAAUGUAAAGCCUGCUUACCGGUCUCAACACGUGUGUUUUAUGUUGUCCCCAUGCCUGACCACCACAUUGGCUGUACUGUGGUGCUGUCUAGAGCCCAGUUCAGUGGUGGAAUGUUUAGCUACAGAAAUGUGAUUGUAUAAAGCAAGCUUGAUUUUAUUUUUCUUCAUCGUACAAGAUGCCAUCUGUACCUGUCCUGCACCGUGUGUUCUUUUCUGAAUGUGCUGUAAAGUUGUCAGUCCCCUGAUGAUGCUGCUGAAAUCGUUGCUUAUCACUGAUUAUUCUGAAACGGGCUGUCCGUGUGUGAGUGGACCCUAACCUUGCUGACCAGCCACAGACUACCUUCUGGUUUACAGAGACUUAUGAGAGAUGGUUUUAAUGGGAGAAACUUGAUGUCACUUUGUAUGGUUUGAUUUGCUUGUUUUCCAUUGUUUUUGUUUUUAUUUGGUUGUCAGAAUGUUUGCUGUUUGGUUUUAAUCUUGAGGACUGUGUUCUCUUGUUUCAGUCUGUCGCCUACUGAACUGGUAAAGAUGUAUUUUUUAAUGCUCCAUCAUUGUUUUAACCCAACACUUUCUCCUCCCUCCACCGUCAUCCUUCACGCAGCAGCAGGCAGCGUUUGCCCAAAGCUGUUCUCCAUGCUUUGAAGUGGGUGAGAACAUCUACCGCUACCAACAAACUACACCAGCUUCCAGCCUUAAAAGCUCCCUACCUCUUCUUACCCACCCUGCAGGAGUCCGAGGCGUUGGAUACCUCACAGAUCUAAAGUAUUGAGAGUUGCACAGGAACCUGUUAGGGGCUUGUUUUCAAAUGCUACACUCCUUAGCUCUACUGGGUCCAUUCAAAAUGUCAAGUGAGUUUGCAAUGCCUGGUGAUGGCUCUGGCUUCAGAGGUAGGGGGACCCCCACCCCCUAUUCCUUGCUUUAAAACUCCAAGACACCCCCACCCCACCUCCUCAAGCUGAUGGAUGGAACAUUGAAGAACUGAUGAUGAAACUGCAUGUAGAGAAGACAGUUGGGCAGUCAUGGGAGAGCUCUGUAGGUUGCAGAUGUGUAAUGGGAAAUACAUGCUUAAAUAAAAACAGAAGACAUUAUUAAAACUGGAAAUUUUAAUGA